AUGACCGUCCUAGAAUUCGCAAUCUUCACACUCCGCACCCCGCACACCCCCUCCUCGCCCACGGUGAAAUCCAUCUUAGACAACGCUCUAAAGGCCCUAAACUCCGCUUCCGGCCACCCCUUCACCCUCCUAACGCAAAUCUAGUCCCCGAACACAAUCUACCUCAUCGGUGCCUGGGACAGCGUCCCGGCGCACAACUCGUUCCUGGCCUCAGACGAGAACCAGAAGCUCCUGGCUGACGCAAAGGGCGUGAUUGACGUGGAUGUCAUGUACCAUGCUGAGAUGGACGGGGGCGCCGUUCCGCUGGGGGCACCGGUGGUGAGUGUCGGGAGGCACCAUGUCAAGCGGGGUAUGAAGACGGGGUUUGAAGGCUGUUUCGGAAGGGUUAGGGGGGUGUUGAGUGGGUCUACAGGGGCGUGGGAGGUUGCGGGGGGCUGGAGGCUUGAUGAGGGGGAGGGGGAGGAGAAGGGGCAGGAGUGGUUGUUGUUUACAGGGUGGGAGAGUGUAACGCAGCAUGAGGAGUUUGGGAGGUCGGAGAAGUUUAAGGAGUAUGCGGAGAUUAGGGAGUUUUUGGAGGGGUUCGAGGUUAGGCAUGCUGUCAGAUAUGAUAUCUGA